AUGCACGACCACGACCCAGAACCUACCAUUGACGAGAUUGCGACCGAAAAAGACAACUGGGACGACGACUAUGAAUUCCACGGCGGCACGAAGAAGACCGAGAUCAAUCCACAUGACGGACACCACGAGCAAAACAAUAACAGACAUUUCCCCGCCCAGUUAACAGAGGGAGCGGAGGAGAACUGGGACGACGACUUCGCGGCUGACGAAGACGAAGUAGAGGGCGAAUCCGCCCCUAUCCCUCCAACCACACUGUACCUUGCCCCCACCCCAAUAACAACGCCGGACUCCCUUAUCCACCCCUCCCGCCCGCAAAACCAUCAACCCCGCGACCGCGAUCGCACCCCACGCGCCAGCGAGAUCCGUUUUCGGCGAUCUGGGUCUACCAUUCUUGCCCGUCAUGCGCAACAACAAACACCGCCUACUUGGAGUGAAUCCAGCGAAGACGAGCCCAACUUUCCCCCUCAGGAGACGACACCAACGACGGCAGUUGCUCGCACAUACGCAUCCCCAGUUCCCGCCCAACCUGUCCCUUCCCCAUUCGUGACUGCGAAACAACCCACCGCGUUUUCACUCCCGACAACGACUCCUUCUCACUCAACCGCCGAACCCAGCAGCGAAAGCGAAGAGGCUGAAGACUGGGAUGCCGACCUCGAGCGCGAGGAGGGGCAGCGCCAACGCCGGGCCCUAUCCAGUCCAGGCCCCCACAUCCGAUUCCCGGCAGCAAGCUCUUCGCAAGUUGCGCUGCCUACACCGGGCUCGAGCGGGCUGCUGUCCCGCAUCAGCGAUGUUUUUGGAGGGAGCCCUGGCGGAAUCAGGCGCAGGAAGAGUAACAGCGUGAGCUUUGUCGACGUUGCCUACGCCGUUCCCCGCCCGCGCUCGCGAUUAAGCCACCAACCAACCGGCUCCGAGUCCUCUUUUACUUCCCGUCAUUCGUAUGCGGCGCCGGCGACUGCAACUGCGACACCGCCCCUGGCGAAGGUCGUUGUGAAGAAGACCAGCUUGCGCUUCUUGGGCCUUGUCCCGCGCAAACGCUCCAACGACAACGAGACCACUCCGACUUCGAAAGCGGUCGCGAAACCGAAGGCCACGCCCAGCCCCAGCCCGCGGAGCAAAGGCUAUGGUAUCUUGGGUGUGGGCCGGCCAUCUGGUGCCGGGGCCAGCGUCGACUCGUUUGGGAAAGAGAACGGUAAGAAGAAGACCGCGUUAGGGCGGAAACUGAGCUUGAAGCACCGAAGAGCGGCGAGUGGCGCUGUUGUCAUCGAGCCGGAACCCGCCGCCGUUUCCUCCACCCCACCGUUGGCUGCUAUUUCACCGGCGACUUCGACACCUUCGUUGGUGCUACCGACUAGUUCGACACCGGUACCGGUCAUGUCGACGCAGACCAAGUCGCUCGGGCGGUCUUCUGCGCUUAUCGGCGGUGGCCCGAGCCCCACCGGAUCCAGACGAAGCUCUCUCCCCAUUGGGCUGAAGAUACCGGUGCGGAUUACCCAAGCGCAGGAGGGGCUGAAGCGCGAUUUGGGGAUGGUGCGGGAGUUUGCGAAUGUUGUCGAAGAAUUGCAAGUCCUGCAGACAACAUAUGCCACGCUUAUCGACAGCGUAUCUGACAGCGUUAAGAUCUCGCCAGACGAAGCAGAAGCUGACGACCGAUCUCAUCGAUAUAGUCGGCUCUCCAACUUCCCCCUUCUACCUCGGCGACGGUCCAGAUCGAGGUCCACCACCAGUACCCGGCCCCCAAUUCCUGCAGCGGUACGGCAACGCCGCGCGUUAGAGGGCAUUCGGGAGCAGUACCGCGUUGUGUGGGAGUGUGCGACGCUACUCGUUGAGCUGGGCGGAAGUGGGGCUAAUGAGGAAGAAGACGACAAGGACAACACGAAAUCAAGGAAUGGGAGCGACCUGAGCCAGCGGCAGUUGGUUCUGUUGAGGGAGAUGAUGCGGAGCCCGAGUGACGGGGAGCCGAAGCAGCCGGCGCAGGCGGGUGUUUGGAAGAGGGAGGCGAUGGGCAGCAGGGUGACCUUUGCGUCGCUUGAGGUGUCGGAGUCGGGGGAGAGUGGGUCGGAGCCAGAUGAGAAGAAGGGCGGGAGGCUGCGCAUGAGUAGGAUUCGGGCGAUGCUCAAGGGACUGCGGAAGAAAACCAUCCCCCUGGAAGAGGAAUACGAGCAUGUUGUGGCGCCGAACUUGGCACAAACGAGCUCUCUCAAGGCGACAUCACCCACCCGCCGGCCUUCAUUGGCCUCCAUCUUCCGCUUCGGGCGAGCGCAGUCCCGCUCUCGUUCGCGGUCCCGGUCCCGGUCGCCAUCUGCUCGGCGUGUAACCCCUGCCCCCGCGACUGCCAACAGGUCAACGACCUCGCUUCUUCUUCCGCGUGGCGAGCGCGCUGGGUCCCGUACACGGCUGUCUUUCGUCGAGGAGGGCGUGGCUGGUGAUGAUGAGCUACCAAGCGUGGCGAUGACGAUGACGCCGGAGAAUAUCCGGCCGCUGCUGGAGAGUGCGCGGGAGGUGCGGGUCCGGGCGGGGGAGUGUCUCGCUGUGUUGACGGCGCUUGCGGGGGAAGUGUAG